AUAAAAAAAUAUAUAAAAAACAAAGAAAAAAUUAAAAACAACUUCUUGAUUAUCGUUAUUAUUAUGAAGAACUAAAAUCUGGUGUUUUAAAUCGUAUUAAAGUUAAAGUGUUACAGAGCUAAAACAUUUUUUUUAAAGAAAAUUAAAGAAAAAAAAAAAAAAAAAAAAAGAAAACUCCAACAGGAAGCAUAAAAAAAAAUUUAAAAAAUUCAAUUACGCGAUAGAAGACAGAAAUUUAAAUAUAUAUAAGUAUUCUAUAUGUAUGCGUACAAAGGGUGUGAAUAUCGAGAAUAAAAUUUAGAUUUUCUUUUUUGUCGUCACCAUGGGUCAAGAGGAUCAAGAAGUUUUAAUUCGUGCCAGUAAGCGGACAACAACAUCAACGGAAAGUUUAAAUGCACCCAAUCCCGAAACUUUCGAACAUGCUGGUAUGCUUCCAAAUUUUUCUAAAAGUUAUGGUUCCACUGAGACGACCGAUGAUCGUUUAACUUAUACCUGGUACAAUUUGGAUGCGUUUGGUGAAGUAAAUCAGCCCGGCUCGCAUUGGAAAGAGUUAAAGAACCGAAUUCGUGGCGUAUGUUGUAACGAACGUCAUAUACCGAAGCCACGUAAACAUUUAAUUAAGAACGUUUGUGGUGUAGCUUAUCCGGGUGAACUUCUUGCAGUUAUGGGUAGUUCUGGUGCUGGCAAAACUACCCUACUUAAUGCACUCGCAUUUCGAUCGUCGCCAGGCGUUCAAAUAUCUACGUCAAGCGUGCGUUUACUGAACGGUUAUCCGGUCAGUGCAAAAGAAAUGCAAGCACGUUGUGCUUAUGUACAACAAGAUGAUCUUUUCAUCGGUUCUUUGACCGCCCGAGAACAUCUAAUAUUUCAAGCUAUAGUUCGUAUGCCUCGUACAGUGACACAACGUCAAAAAAUUCAAAGAGUCGAUCAAGUUAUACAGGAUUUGUCAUUGGGUAAAUGCCAAAAUACUAUUAUUGGUGUACCCGGUCGCAUGAAAGGUCUAUCGGGUGGUGAGCGAAAACGUUUGGCAUUUGCCUCAGAAGCUCUUACCGAUCCGCCUCUUUUGAUUUGUGAUGAGCCUACUUCGGGCUUAGAUUCCUUUAUGGCUCACAGUGUAGUGCAGGUACUAAAGAAAUUAUCGCAGCGUGGCAAAACUGUUAUAUUAACUAUACAUCAACCGUCGUCCGAAUUGUUUGAAUUAUUCGAUAAAAUUCUCUUGAUGGCCGAGGGAAGAGUUGCAUUUUUGGGGACACCCAACGAAGCAGUAGAUUUUUUUUCAUUUAUUGGAGCGCAAUGUCCAACAAACUAUAAUCCAGCGGACUUUUACGUGCAAGUGUUGGCUGUUGUGCCGGGCCGUGAGCUCGAAUCACGUGACCGUAUAUCGAAGAUAUGCGAUAAUUUUGCGGUAGGCAAAGUCGCUCGUGAAAUGGAACAGAAGUUUCAAAAAAUUGCCGCUAAAUCGGACGGACUUUCAAUGGACGAUGAAAAUGGUUUCAUCUAUAAAGCUACUUGGUUUACACAAUUUCGUGCCAUUUUAUGGCGUUCUUGGCUGUCGGUCUUGAAGGAACCGCUACUCGUUAAAGUUCGUUUAAUACAAACAACAAUGGUGGCAGUGCUGAUUGGUUUGAUUUUCUUAAAUCAACCUCUGACUCAGGUAGGUGUUAUGAAUAUUAAUGGCGCCAUAUUUCUGUUCCUAACCAAUAUGACUUUUCAAAAUGUGUUUGCCGUGAUAAACGUCUUUACUUCGGAAUUGCCGGUUUUUAUGCGUGAGACCCGCAGUCGUUUGUAUCGUUGCGAUACAUAUUUCCUAGGAAAAACUAUAGCUGAAUUGCCACUUUUUUUAGCAGUGCCCUUUGUUUUCACGGCCAUUGCCUAUCCUUUGAUAGGCUUGCGACCUGGUGUGGAUCAUUUCUUUAAAGCCCUCGCCGUAGUCACAUUGGUUGCUAAUGUUUCUACUUCUUUUGGUUAUUUGAUAUCUUGCGCCAGCAAUUCGACAUCUAUGGCGUUAUCAGUUGGCCCACCGGUUACAAUUCCAUUUUUACUUUUUGGAGGCUUCUUCUUAAACUCGGGUUCCGUACCCAUAUACUUUAAAUGGCUUUCGUACUUUUCUUGGUUUCGUUAUGCUAACGAAGGUCUUUUAAUUAAUCAGUGGGCUGAUGUGCAACCUGGUGAAAUUACCUGCACUUUAUCGAAUACCACUUGCCCAAGUUCCGGUAAAGUUAUUUUGGAAACGUUAAAUUUUUCAGAAACGAAUUUACCUUACGAUUACAUGGGCUUACUACUGCUCAUAAUUUUAUUCAGAACUUGCGCCUAUAUAGCCUUAAGAUUUAGGGCCAAACGCAAAUAGUAAACAAUUAAAUGCGAAAAGUUACAAUAAAUAAAAAAA